UAUCACUCAUACUUGUGUCGUUUUGAGAAUUGGCUUACUGCUAUGGGACUAGGAUGCAAUGGAGGGUUGAGCUUUUAUUUGCACCAAUUAUUGCCAUCAAAUAUUAACCUUUGUCUAGAAUCAAAACAACAGGUCCAUAUGUUUGGAUACUUUUUGGGUUUUUAUGUUGUUGAGUAUUGCAGUUUUCUUAAAGGACAAGAUUUACCUGGUGUGCUUCCACCAUCGCUGGUUAAGCUACCUUACAUUAGACAAGUUGAUUUUUCAAGGAACUACCUUAGUGGUACAAUACCACCCGCAUGGACAUCCACAAAGUUAGAAGUCUUGAGUGCUUCUAUCAACCGAUUAUCUGGACCUAUUCCAAAGUACUUGGGGAAUAUUACCACACUCAGAGUCCUGUCCCUCGAGAGCAACAUGUUUUUUGGACCUAUUCCUCCACGGCUUGGGAAUUUGGUUAAUUUGGAGAAGCUUGUUCUUAAUGCCAACUAUCUCACAGGAGAGUUACCCCAGGCUCUCACCCAGUUGACCAAGUUAACAGAAUUUAGGAUUGGGAGCAACAACUUCAUUGGAAGGAUACCUAACAUUUAUGGAAAUUGGACACAACUUCAAAAGUUAGAGAUCUCAGCCAGUGGUUUUGAGGGCCCAAUUCCUCCUAGCAUAUCUUCCUUAACUAACUUAACUGAAUUAAGAAUUAGUGACCUUAAUGGGGGAGUUUCACAAUUUCCCUUCUUAAGAAACAUGAAAGACCUUGAAAGAUUGAUGUUGAGGAGCUGUAACAUCUAUGGAGAAGUACCUGCCUUUUUAUCAGACUUGCCAAAACUAAGAAUUAUAGAUCUCAGUUUCAACAGAUUAGUAGGAAUUAGUCGACGUUUUACAAGCACUCAUCUGGAAAAAAUGUAUCUGACAAACAACUCAAUCAGUGGUCCCAUUCCGUAUUGGAUCAAGAGCUUAAAUAGUCGCAGUGAAGUAGAUCUUUCUUACAAUAAUUUUUCUUGGGACUCUGUACCACUCGAUUGUCGUGAAUCACUAAACUUGUUCAAAAGCUCCACUGGAGGAAAGAAUUUACCACUGAGAGAGUGUUUGCAAAGCUUUUCAUGUUCAGAAGAUCAGUAUUCUUUCCAUAUAAAUUGUGGUGGGGAAAAAACUACUAUAGGAAACAUUGAUUAUGAAGCUGAUCACGACCAAGGGGGUGAAACGAAAUAUGUUCCAACAGGAUCAAAAUGGGAAGUUAGUAGCACAGGACAUUUCUGGGAUAAAAAUAUUACCUCAACUGACUAUAUAGCACAUAAUGUAUCUGUGCUCAAGAUGAAAAACUCUGACUUAUACACCACAGCACGCCUCUCUCCCCUCUCGCUCACUUAUUAUCUUAACUGCUUAGGAAAUGGAAACUAUACUGUGAAACUUCACUCUGCAGAAAUAGUAAUAAGAGACAAUAGUUCUUUCUACAGUCUUGGAAGGCGGCUCUUUGAUGUUUAUAUACAGGGGAGACGCAAAUUGAAGGAUUUUAACAUUAGAAAGACAAUCAAAGGGGUUGAUAAGGAAUGCAUUCUUGAAUUUAAGGCUGUUUCUGUAACCAAUAAGACCUUGGAGAUUCGCUUUCAUUGGGCUGGGAAGGGAACAGCAGCUGCACCAAAGAGGGGAACAUAUGGGCCUUUGAUAUCAGCCAUCUCUGUGAAAUCUGAGUUUAAACCUCCGAAUGACAGACUAAAGAAGAUAAAGAAGAUACUAAUUGUGGUUGGAGCUGUAGUUUUGAUUUUGAUCCUAGUUCUUAUGAUUUUGGGUGCUCUUUGGUGGAAAGGUUGGUUGUGGGAGAGAAUAUCAAGGGAGGAAGAACUUAGAGGAUUAGAUCUGAAAACCGGAGUAUUUACCUUAAGACAAAUCAAAGCGGCCACAAACAACUUUGAUGCAGCAAAUAAAAUUGGGGAAGGUGGUUUUGGAUCUGUCUACAAGGGCAUACUAUUGGAUGGUGCGAUAAUUGCAGUUAAGCAGCUUUCUUCAAGAUCAAAGCAAGGAAACCGUGAAUUUGUGAAUGAAAUAGGCAUGAUUUCAAGCCUACAACACUCAAAUGUUGUUAGACUAUAUGGAUGUUGUGCUGAAGGAGAUCAGUUAUUACUGGUAUAUGAAUACAUGGAAAACAAUAAUCUUGCACUUGCUUUGUUUGGUACAGAGGAAGUCCAACUGAGGCUGGAUUGGCCAACGAGGCCGAGAAUUUGUAUUGGUAUCGCAAAAGGUCUGGCCUUCCUGCAUGAGGAUUGUCCUCUGAGAAUUGUUCACAGGGACAUCAAAGCCACUAAUGUAUUACUUGAUAAGGACCUUAAUCCUAAGAUCUCUGACUUUGGUCUAGCCAGGCUUGAUGAAGAGGAAAACACCCACAUCAGCACCAGAGUUGCUGGAACUAUAGGAUACAUGGCACCAGAAUAUGCAUUAUGGGGCUAUUUGACCUAUAAGGCAGAUGUUUACAGUUUUGGAGUAGUAGCAUUGGAGAUUAUUGCUGGGAAGAACAACAUGAAAUACCGACCAAGUGAAAAUUUCGUAUGCCUUCUGGACUGGGCUCUUGUGCUACAACAAAAAGGAAAUCCUUUGGAUCUAGUGGAUCCAAAGUUGGGUACAAAGUUCGACAAAGAAGAAGCAAUGAGGAUCAUAAAGGUAGCUCUGUUAUGCACUAAUCCAUCACCAGCACUCAGGCCUACAAUGUCUGAAGUGGUCAGCAUGCUCGAAGGUCGUAAUGAUGUUCAUGAAAUCAUCAGCGAACCAAGCUCUUAUGGUGAUGGCAUGAGGUUUAAAUCCUUAACAGAGUUCGAUCAAGUUAUCCUCCAGAGAAGUGAAAAUACAUCCAUUAUUCAGUCAUCAGGUUCUGCAUGCAUAGGAUCAUCUUCAACAUCUGCUCACGAUCUAUACGAAAAAAGUUCAAACUUCAGUUAAGUAACAUGUUCUCAUAAGCAACUUUUCUGAUAGAUGCCAGUAUAAGAAACAGAACUGUCUGAGGAAAUGAUAUGUAAAUGGUAAAAAUACAUUGACCAUAAAUGGAAAGUGUUCUUUUCAGAAAACCCAAAAA